AUGCACUCACUUUCCGGUUCCGGUACUCAUUGCGCUCGUCCAUAUAUCGAAAAUACCGUUGUUGUUGAUCCAUGCGAAGAUCCGCUGUCGAAGGCAUUCCUUCCUGCUGAUCCGGAAGGUCAGAAUAGAUUCACCACCUCCAAUGGCUGGCCUUCCACGCAUUUGGCUAUCCAUCUCCGUUCCAAAGCAGUCGCGCUUUCCGGGUCCAGCAAAAUAGUGUCCUCCUCCUCCUCUUCCUCGAAAUAUACAGUUCCAGGAGCAACGGAGGUCAUGUCGAUGUUGGAUUCUGAACCGUUGGAUGUGGAAACUGAGAACUGGGCAGGUGUCGCCUGUUGGGCCUUGGUGGUGUUGUCCGUGGCAGCGACCUUGUUAUCCUCUUCGUCAGACGACGAGUUGUCGCCGGCCUUGGACUUGCGGUUCUUGCGCUCCAUUUCCAGCUCUUCGUCAACCUUGAUUUUGAUCUCCUUGGAUAUCUUGAGAUACAGAAACGUGUGCAGUUGUGUAAGGUAUCCGUAUUUCAACAGCCAGGCAACAGCAUCAAGAUACAAGUCUCUGUGGUCUCUGCUGGGGAUGAUGGUGUUGAUUGGGCGCGGUUUGUUGGACGAGGAAGAGAUCAACGACAGGAAGUUUGAAAGUGGUGGCAGAUUUGGAAACUGUUGUUUGAACAGCGUGGAGUCCUUGUAA